GGAGCCAUGAGACGACACCAUCUCACACACACAGGAGAGAAGCCUUACUCCUGCUCUGUGUGUGGGAAGAGUUUCACCCAAUCAGGACAUCUGAAAGAGCACCAACAGUCUCACUCCGGAGAGAAGCACCACUGUCUGAUCUGUCUGAAACAGUAUAUCAGAGCAGAAGAUCUGAAGAUUCACCACAGAGUUCAUACGGGAGAAAGGCCCUACCGCUGUGCAGAGUGUGGCAAGAGCUACAUCAGGUCAAAGAAUCUCCGGGCUCACAAGCUGACUCACCAGAGGACAGGAAGUGGUGGUAAAAGUGACGGGGAGAUGGCAGCUACUAUCCAGGUGAAAGUGAAGGAGGAGGAAGAAGAGGAGGAGGUUGGUGGUUUUAUCAAUGCUGAAGGAGAGGAGGAGGAAGAGGUUGGUGGUUUUAUCAAUGCUGAAGGAGAGGAGGAAGAGGAGUCGGUUGGUGGUUUUAUCAAUGCUGAAGGAGAGGAGGAGGAAGAGGAGGAGGUUGGUGGUUUCAUCAAUGCUGAAGGAGAGGAGGAAGAGGAGUCGGUUGGUGCUUUCAUCAAUGCUGAAGGAGAGGAAGUUGGCUGGAGUUUCCCUGAUCUCAAUGAGAGUCCUGUCCAUGGCUCUUCUGGUAGUGAAGGAGGAAGUCUCCCUACAUCACACAUCAACAAGGAUCCCGGUGACCAAUCCCGCACCAAAGCUACAGAGUCCCAGGGUCCUGAUCCAAGACAUGAGGACAUCACUCAAACACCUGGGAUCAACGUUCAUAUUGUAGAUGAGGAGAAGGAGGAAGUGAAAGAGGAGGAUGAAGUUGGUGGUUUCAUCAAUUCUGAAGGAGAAGAAUUUGACUGGGAUUCUGUUCAACAUAGCGAGAGCCCUGACUGUGGCUUAGACAGCAAAGCGAUUCCCGCUACAUCAGAACAUCCUGAACACCAGGAGAGUCACAAAACUAAGACGUCCCACCGCUGCUCAGUGUGUGGCAGAGAGUGCUACAAGCUCUCGGUACUACAGAUCCACAUGAGAAUCCAUACGGGAGAGAAGCCGUACCCCUGCCCCGACUGUGGCAAGAAGUUCGCUCACCUGGGAGCCAUGAGAAGACACCUACUCACACACACGGGAGAGAAGCCUUACUCCUGCCCUGUGUGUGGGAAGAGUUUCACCCAAUCAGGACAUCUGAGGGAGCACCAGCAGUCUCACUCCGGAGAGAAGCCUCACCUGUGUCUGGUCUGUGGGAGAGGGUUCUCUAGAGCGUCAGACCUCAGGAUACACCACAGAGUUCACACAGGGGAGAGACCGUACAGCUGUGACUACUGUGGGAAGAGAUACGGCCGCUGUCAGAAGCUACGGGCUCACCAACGGACACACCACAGUGACAGGACACACGCUGAUACUGGAGAAGAGACGAAGUGAAUAACCAGGAGGAUUUGAACUUAAGACAUGAUAAGCUUAGUAUUCCUAUAGGUGAUGUUAGCCGGCUGGACAAAAACAAUGAUACACGUUGGUCAUCAUCAGACAGGAGAACAAUAGACUCCAUUGGAAUAGACAUAGUUCUAAAUUUCACCUAAAUGAUUCACAGAAUUCUGAUGCAGGACACAGGCUGCUGGGGAGGGGACAGACGCUGGGUGAAGUUCCCCUGCCUGAAUCCUAACCUUAACCAUUAGUGGGGGAGAUGCAAAACUGACCAGCGUCUAGGGGCAACUUCACCCUACUCCGUUGGGGGAAAGAAUGGGGAAGCUUUAUCAGUAAGUGUUGACAGUAGAACUAUGGGUGUUCGUUAGUAGGGUGGACAAACACAACUAUUAAACUUAUGAUGAAGAACGAUAGGCUCGGUUAGAACAAUUACAAUGGACGUGGUUCUAAAUUCCACUUGAAGAAAGCACCCAGUUCUGAUCGAGAGAUGACAUAAUCAGCGCUGUCCAGUUUGUUAUAGAACUUGAACCAGAGAAAGUGAACCCAAAAUGGCUGCUAGACGGUGUUCUAAAUUGGAAUCGCGGAAUGCUUGUUCUCCGUCCACCCCAUCCUGUGUGAGGAACCCAGUUAAAAUAAUUGUUGAAUUUUUUUUUUAACGUAAUAAUUCUGUUCUUUAUUGGAUAACAUCCAAAUAAUGUUCAGUCGCAGGACAUUUGAUCACAGAGAGCUAUGGCUCUGUCCAGGAUUUCAUUCAGUUCGAUACGCCGCUAUAAGAUAGUAAACAAAGGUGUGUCAUGGUGAUUGAAUAAAGAGGUUACAAAAACCUGCCUCUUAACUUUU